AUGAUCAAUCCCAGCACAAAAUAUACAGCCUUAAAUAGGGAUGUAAUGUGGUAAAAUUUCUUAAAAGUUUUAUUUUCCUAUUGCUAGGUUGGCAGCAAUUUAAUAUCAGAUAUUAGGAUUAAUAAGUUAGGAGAUGAUGUCUUGAGUCUAAUGGACAUGCAGUCUGAUAGUGGAACUUCUAUUUUAGAAGAAAAAGCAAAGCAGAUUCUUAAUGCAUGGAGUACAUAUGAAUAUAGUAUAGGAGAAAAGUUAGACAUACAAGUAGGAGAUUAUAAAUUGGAAUAUCUGCCAUAAAAGCAAGAGUAGCUGUAAAAAAUAAAUGUUAAACUUGAGGUACAAAGAAAUGGCAUAAAAAAUGAAUUAGAUUUAGAUGAACCAGCUGACAAUAAUGGAAUGAUAAAAGAUUUAGACUUCUUAGAGCCUACUUAAAUAAUACCAGCUAAAUCAAAUAAUAACAAUGCAUUUAAUCGUCGUCCAGUGCCAGUCUUCGCUGAAAGGAAGGAUAAUUUCAGCUUCGGAGAUGCAACUUAAAUUAUAGAACCUAUUCAGAAGAAAAAUGAUUAGUUUUUAAUGCCAGCACCAAGAUAACAAUAAAAACAGAAUCUGAAUUAAGAUGUAGAUGAUUUAUUUGAUGGGGCUACUUAAUUAAUUGCUGAAAAUAAUAUAGGAGGCAAUAAUAAUAAUUAAAAUCAAGCAAAUGAAGAUAACUUUGAUAUGUUUGGUGAGACCUAAGUAAUUAAUCACAAACCUCACUAAAUUGUCAAGAAAAUGCCAUAGUAAAAUAAUCCAGAUAUUCUAAACGAUGCAACAUAAAUUAUUGAUAACUUAUAAAUGAAUAAAAGACCAUUUAAAAACCCAUAAGUUCCUAAGUUUGAUAUGAAUAAUGACGCAACAUAAAUUAUAUAAAAUAUUCCGAAGAAAGAUAAAGUAGAUCAACAAAAUAAUAAAAAACCCUAAGUUAAUCCUUUCGAUUUAUUAGAUGCUACAUUGAUUAUUCCUGAAGCUAGAAAAAAGCCAUUCUAACAAGGAAAUAUGAUUGAGCCUACUUUGAUCAUAAACUAGGGAUAAAAUCAAAGGUAAAAUAAAGUUGAGGAGUCAGAUAUCGAUAAAUUACUAGAUAUUGAGCCAGACGAAUCUCCCAAAUUUGGAAUAAAUGGAAAUAAUAAAAAAGAGAAUGGGAACUCAAUUAGCUCAAGUGUUGAUGACAUUUUUGAUGCUCUUGAUAAUAAGAAAAAUAUGAAUUAGGGUAUAAGCUAAAAAAAUGAGUUAGCAAAAAUUGUUGAAAAAGAAGAAGAAUAUCAGGAAGAUAAUAUCUAACUUAAUAAAUAAGAUAAAAAGUUCAAGUAAAGUAAUGCUCCUAAGAUCAAUAAUAACAAAAAAAAGUAAUCAGAUAAGAAUGAAGCAGAUAAUUCAGUAGAUGAUAGCUUAGAUGAUAUUCUUGAAGAAAGGAAGAACGAGCCUGCAUUGUAAUAGCAAUAAAGUCAGAGGUAUAAUAAAAAGAGAAAACUUAAUGAGAUAUCUAAUGAUAGCUAACUUUAGAGCUAAUAAAAUAUAAAGAAAUCAAAACUGAAUGAAGAGUUGGUUAAUUCAUAGGAAUAGGUAAAAAAUGUAAGAUUAAGAGGUAAAGUUAAUUAAGCAUCUUAAAAGGUAGAGGAGGAAAUAAAGUAACAGCACUAAAUGGUAAUUCUUGUAAGUGGGAAAGCUAAAGAAAAGGAAUUCUAAGAAAUUAUUAAGAAACUUGGAGGCAAAGUGAUUGAUGAUAUUGCAGAAUAAUUUGAUGUUAUGGUUACUGAUGGAAAGUUGAUUAGAAAUUGUAAACUCCUCCAAGCAAUUAAUCUUGGAGCUAAAAUAGUCAACACUAAUUGGCUUACUGAAUCUCAAAAGAAAAAAUAAUUUGUAGAGAUUAUUGAUAAAUUCAUAAUCAUUGAUAAAGAAUUUGAGAAAUAGCAUAACUGCAAAUUAUAAUAGCUGUAUAACAACAAAUAAGUUGGUCAACUGCUAUAAAAUCACUCAAUUUAUGUUUCAAAAAACAUUUAGGGCUUAAAGUAGGAGCAAAUGUAAUUGCUCGUUGAAAGUGCAGGAGGAAAGGUUUUAUAAAACGAAAAAGAGAAAAAUUAAGCAACUAUUUGCAUUAUGGAUUAGAAUGAAGAUAAAAAUGCAAUCAAUCAACUCAAGAAAAACAAAAAGAUUCAAAUUCAGAGCAUCCACUUCAUCUUAGAUGGUAUCAUUCAAUAGAAUUUGGAUUUUAAGAAAAAUUCACUCGCUUGA